CAUUUGAACCAGAUUUUUUUCUGUUUAGUUGUUGAUCAUAUGAUUUGUUUGAUAUAAUAGUUGUAAUUCAAAUCGAAAUAAACACGGACAAUGUCCACUAAUGUUAAUCUUAGUUCUGAUCUGAAUAAUUAUCUUAAAUCAUCUGGUUCUUCGAUUACUAAUCAUCAAUCUCAAACGACUAGUAAAUCGAUUAAAGAAUGGUUUGGUGGUGCCGGUUCAGAUAUGAAAAAAGGAUGGUUUUCCUAUCAACCAUUACGUACAUCACCAAGUGAUGAAGAAUUGAAUAAUGUUGGAAUUUCAUCACCUGUUCAAAAUGGUACCAGUAGAUCAAAUUCUUGGUUUCGUAAUUUGUUCGUUUCCAAUGAACCCGAACCAAAAGGAUGGUUUCCAACUUUGACAAGAACUCAACGAAUCAUCGGUUUUAUAACUUGUUUUUUCAUGGGUAUCACCUGUUUCUCAAUCUCAGCGAUGUACAUUCCUAUUCUAUUGUUUGCGGCACGAAAAUUUUCCAUCCUAUUUACAUUUGGUUCAUUAUUUAUUGUAGCAAGUUUUGCCAUUUUAUUAGGUCCUAUGAACCAUCUUAUGCAUCAAUUCUCCAAAGAAAGACUACCAUUUACAGCGGCCUAUUUUGGUUCUUUGAUCGCCACAUUAUAUUUUGCUUUACAAGUUCAAAGUACCAUAUUGACAUCGAUAUUUGCAAUAAUACAAGUGAUAGCAUUAAUCUGGUACGUUGUAACAUACAUUCCUGGUGGUCAAACUGGCUUGAUGUUUUUUUCCAAAAUGGCUGCCAGUACUGUAUCAAAAACUUUGCCUGUUUAAUUUACUGAGUGAUAAUAUAAUUCAAUUUUGUAUAUAAA